UUAGAAGAGGAGCUUACUUGGGUUAGCUGAGUGUUGGCCCACGUUAGAAUCUAAUGUGCGUUUUUAUGGAACACAUAUUUAUUUUUUCGAUCGCAAUGGUUUAGGUGUGAAACAGACUGCUCGGAUUCCCUUUCUGGAGAAGCUGUUUGGCAAUCUAACUUAACUUUGGGUACAGUUUAGCCAGGAGCUAUGAUGGCGUCGACCUACAAUGCUAAAGAGGAGGACGGACACCAUUCAGGGGCUGUUGGCCCAGGCGGGCCAGGUACAAUCAAGACCAAGAAACCUGAUAAUACUGCAUUUAAACAACAACGUCUACCUGCUUGGCAGCCGAUUUUGACUGCUGGCACCGUCCUGCCAGCUUUUUUCGUCAUCGGUCUGAUUUUCAUUCCCAUUGGCAUCGGUCUCUUCGUCACGUCUAACAACAUCAAAGAGUUUGAAAUUGAUUAUACAGGGGUGGACGAGAACAGCCCUUGCCAUGUUUGCUCUAACAAUUACGCCUGGAAUAACACAGUCCCUUGUCAGUGCUUCAUUCCAUUCACCCUCUCACAACCAUUUGAGAACAAUGUUUUCAUGUAUUAUGGCCUGUCCAACUUCUACCAGAAUCACAGACGUUAUGUCAAAUCCAGGGAUGAUAGUCAGCUGAAUGGUGAUAAGAACUCAUUGGUGAAUCCAAGUAAGGAGUGUGAGCCGUAUCGCAAGAAUGGAGGACUACCCAUCGCCCCUUGUGGUGCCAUUGCCAACAGUCUCUUUAAUGAUACCUUGGAGCUGUUAUACAAUUUCCCAAAUAGUACCACCAUUGAAAUACCGUUGACGAAGACGGGCAUUGCUUGGUGGACUGAUAAGCAUGUGAAGUUCAGGAACCCGGGAGGAAACAACAACAAUCUCACAGCCGCAUUUGCAGGGACAACUAAGCCUGUGAACUGGAGGAAGCCCGUCUUUGAGCUGGACCCUCGUGACCCCAACAAUAAUGGCUUCGUCAAUGAGGACUUCAUCGUGUGGAUGCGCACUGCUGCCCUCCCCACCUUCAGGAAGCUCUACCGCAUCAUCCACAAGAACAAGGACAUGCCGACCCUGCCAGCAGGAAACUACACACUCGCCGUUACCUACAAUUACCCCGUGCUCAGCUUUGACGGCCGCAAGCGUAUGAUCCUGAGCACCAUCUCCUGGAUGGGAGGGAAGAACCCCUUCCUUGGCAUCGCAUACAUGACGGUGGGCUCCGUCUGCUUCUUCCUGGGGGUGGUGCUGCUCAUCAUCCAUCACAAUUAUGGAAGCCGAAGCAACAAUGCCGACAUUCCCAACUGAAAAUCACCAACAGAGAUUCCCACCUCUGCUAAGGUGUGCACACAUUCGCACUAUCCUGUAUACCUGCUGGAACCUGGCUUCUUUUUUCUUUGCUAACAUAAAGAGUUUUUUGUCUGUGAAGUAGCAAUGUCCCAAAGCUAAUGGAAUAUAAUAUUUCAGGUGCAUAAGAAGGAAUGGUAAAAUAUUUAGGAAAACCAAUUGAAAUGUUACAUUUGAGCACAAGUAGAUGGGAUGCAAGUUGAGUUUGUAUGUUUUUUUUUCUUUUUGAUUUAUGAAUGCUGAUGUUCCAUAGUCUCCCCUACUAUAAUUUUACUGAUGGGACCCUAAUAAUAAGGUGGUUGUUGUUAUUAGCUUUUUUGUCAUCAAUACCACUGGAAUUCAGUGACGUUUUGCUGUAGUUGAAAUGUAUGAAGUCAAUGUUUUACCGUGGUGCCGUACACAGUAUGGACCCUAAAAGGAAGCACAAUGCCACUGAGCUACACGACUUAGUAUUUUAUACUUGAAACGUUCUGGGUACUUUGGCUAGUUGGAGUAGGAGUACACUGAUGAUUUUGACCAAAGUUGUUUUGUUAAUUCUGUGUUGCUUCUCAAAAUAUAUGCAGACUGUAUUAUCUCAAUCAAAAUAGCCAUCUUUACAGAUGACUCUGGAAUGCAGAGAAGGAUCAAUCUUGAAACCAUUUUGUUAAAUCUAACAAACUGAAUGUAAUGGGUACUGUGUUGUCAUAAGCAAACCUGCUUGGAAAAGAAAAUACUCAAAAUCAAAAUGUCUGUCAGCCGUCACUGGGUUUUCAGACUGAGCUCUUGUUUUUUUUAAAGGUUUUUUUAAUGUGUGCUUGACCAGCUGGACCCUAUAUCAUGUGUCAUAUUUUCCUCAUACACACUGUAGUUUUCUGUUGUAAGCCCAUCAAGGGCUAAAUGAUUUCGUUUUUUGUCUUUUUUUUGGGCUUUAAUUUGAUAUUUAGCCUUUUUACAUGAUAUAUUUAUUGAAACCAUUUCAUUUAAUGUGGCAGUUAUUCUUAUAUUGUGUUAACGAUACAGAAUGUAGUUCUUUUUUUCACUGGUUUGAAAAUAAGCAAAUAUUGCAGUAUAAGAAAAUGCACUUUAAAUAUGAUAGAUUUUAAAGCAGUAUGUUGCAGUAUUUAUUGUAUAUUCCUUGCACUUUCUUUUACAGGACAUCUUAAUGAUGUACACAAAGUUGAUAUCAGGCUUCUGUAAAUGAAAUCAUGAUCAUGUACAUGAGUCCAGGUGAUAUUCAAGUUGUCAACUAUGUUAUUUGUGCACAAAUGAAUAACCGUAUAGGGGCCUACCUUGUAGGCUACACGAUGCAUUAUACACCAAAAUAAAGAAUAUAUUGCAGCUUUGUAAACACUGUAAAAGAAAAUUUAGCUUUUUGCAGCAAGGCUUUACAUUCCCUUUUGGACAGCUGGAAACUGCUAGAGUAAAUAAAUCAACAUUAAUUCCUUCA